CGACUUUUACCCAUCCGCAUCCAACAUCAACUGAGGGACGACGUUUUAAAAACCUGUCAGAUUCCUCACAUAAAUGUUCCUAUGGAUUACUAAUACACUUUCGUCGAAAAACCGAAGUGUUUCUCAACUUGACAGCAUAGCCUCAGAUUCGGUACACUGGUCACCUAGAGGACUUAUCGAGAGAUGAAGACUCUAGAGGAGCCCCCCUACUUGACGGUAGGGACGGAUGUGAGUGCCAAGUACCGAGGGGCGUUCUGUGAGGCCAAGAUCAAGACCGCCAAGAGGCUAGUCAAGGCCAAGGUGACCUUUAAACCAGAUCUGUCCACGGCGGAGGUUCAUGAUGAAAACAUCAAAGGACCUCUAAAGGUGGGUGCUGUUGUAGAGGUGAAGAAUCAGGAUGGAGUUUACCAGGAGGCUACAAUCAAUAAGCUGACCGACGCUAGUAUAUAUACUGUUGUGUUCGACGACGGUGAUGAGAAGACCUUAAGGCGCUCCUCUCUCUGCCUGAAAGGAGCGCGUCACUUUGCAGAGAGUGAGACACUCGACAGACUCCCUCUCACCAACCCCGAGCACUUUGGCACACCUGUCAUCGGCAAGAAGGGCAACCGCGGCCGACGAUCGAACCCAAUCCAAGAGGAAGAGCUGUCUUCAUCCUCCAGUGAGGAAGAAGAGAGCGAUCAGCGGCAGAAUGAGGAUCUGUUUGGCAAAGUGGUCUGCGUGGAGGGGGUCGCCACCGGGGACAAAAAGAAGACCACGUGGUAUCCUGCACUGGUUAUCUCCCCGGACUGCCAUGAAGACGUGACUAUGAAGAAGGAGACCAUCUUCGUCCGCUCUUUCAAGGAUGGAAAAUUUUACACGGUGUUGCGGAAGGACGUCCGCGAGAUGAACAGCGAUUGUCCUCCAAAAGCCGACGCAGGGCUCAAACCAGCUUUGGACGCAGCUUUGGAGUUCCAGCAGCAGCUGGUCGUGCCCGGCACUUGGAAGACAGAAGUGAAAGAGGAAAGCUCCAGUAGCGAAGAGGACGACGACGACGAAGAGGAGGAGCAGGAAGAAGACACAAGCCGCGAAGAGGAGGAGGAGGAAGUGGAACCAUUCCCAGAGGAGAGGGAGAAUUUUCUUCAGCAGCUAUACAAGUUCAUGGAGGACAGAGGUACUCCCAUCAACAAGCGGCCUGUUCUGGGCUACAGGAACCUCAACCUGUUCAAGCUCUACAGGCUGGUGCACAAACUGGGAGGCUUUGACAACAUUGAAAGCGGCGCCAUCUGGAAACAAGUCUAUCAGGAUCUGGGGAUCCCCGUGCUCAAUUCAGCCGCUGGCUACAAUGUCAAAUGUGCUUACCGCAAGUACUUGUAUGGAUUUGAGGAAUACUGCACCUCCACCGCCAUCACUUUCAGGAUGGACCUCCCUUUGAAGCAGGGUCCCAAGGGAGAGGUGAAGUCUGAGGGCGAGGCAGCAGCCACAGCUCCCACAUCGUCCAGCUCAGAAGAGCCGAAAGCACAGGCAGAGGGUGAACCUAGCAGCGUGCCGUCCGUCGUCUGCAAGGAGGAGAAACCCGAUUUGACACGAAACAAAACGGAUCCCGAAACGUCAAAAGCAGAGGGCAAGGACAGCGCAAACGAAGAGGACGAGGACGACGAGGAAGAAGAGGAAGAGGACGGCCCCCACAAGGGAGACACGGACGAGGGCUCUUCGACGUCUCGCAUCGGAGCCGAGAACGUGAAGCAGGAGUGUGACGAGGAGCAGGAGAGCAAGGACAACUCUGGGGAUGACAGCAGUCAGGAGGGGGAGGAAGGGGAGGAGUUUGAGUGUUACCCCCCGGGGAUGAAGGUGCAGGUGAGGUAUGGGCGAGGCCGCAAUCUGAAGACGUACGAGGCCACUGUGAAAGAGGCAGACGUGGAGGGGGGAGAGGUGCUCUACCUGGUGCACUACUGUGGCUGGAACGUCAGAUAUGAUGAAUGGAUCAAAGCAGACAAGAUUGUUCGCCCCGCCAAUAAGAAUGUACCAAAAAUAAAGCACCGCAAAAAAAUAAAGAACAAAGCCGAGAGGGAGCGAGACAGGCUGGAGAGGCUCAAUGACAGAGAAGUCCUCGGCCCUUCACCCAACACUAACCGCGUCCCACGCACCAAAUGUGGCCUGAGUCAGGAUGUCUUUUCCAAGAUGGACGAGGGUGAGGACAAAGGGACUCAGCAGCAGUCUCCAGUCAAGUCUAUAGAAAUUACCUCUAUCCUCAAUGGCCUGCAAGCCUCCGAGCUAUCCACAGACGAAAGCGAGCACGAAGAUGAGGGGGAGCAUAAUGAAGAGGACCGUCCUGGUUGCAGAGACAGGAAGGGCCCGCAGGAGCCACCGCAAACAUCGGAGCGCUGGGAGAGCGGGACCCCUCCCGAAGCAUCCAAACCUUCUCCAGUCUCAGGGAAGAACCAGGAUUUAGUCAGCGCAGAGAGCACAGAUGUGGGGAAGCGCAGAAACCAGACAGAGUUAGAGGGAGAGGCGAGCACCAGGAAGAGGAAAUCUGACAGUGCAGCAGAGAGGAUACCGAAAGGCCAAUCCAAAGCUAAGACCAGGAACACGAGGAGUGCGGACUGGUUGCCUGGGAGCUCGCCCAGGAAGCUGGAGGAGAGGGGUGCUGGUCCUGUGGAGGAGAGGGGGGCCUCGUCUAGCAGCAGUUCAGAUGAUGAGGGGCCAGCACUUGCCAAAUCCCAGCCGGAGGAGAGUGAACGAAGCCGCCCUAAAACCAAAGGUUCCCCUUCUAAGAAGUACAACGGGAUGAAGGAGAAGAACAAAAGCGGCAGACAAGCUGCAUUCUGGGAAAUCCCUGAAAGAGCCAAGACGUCUGGGAAUGCAGAGGAAAGGCCUGCUGUCCGCUCUAAAGGCCAGAAGGAUGUGUGGUCCAGUAUCCAGGCACAGUGGCCCAAGAAGACUCUCAAAGAGUUAUUCUCUGACUCAGACACAGAAGCUGCCAAUUCUCCUCCUCCACCCGUGCCCUCCUGCCUGGAGGAGCAGAGUGUGGAACAGCACGCUGGACCUGAGGACGAAGCCUCAGAGGAGCAGAUGGAAAACGACAAACUACAGGAGUUUCCCAGUAGUGGCAGUAACUCUGUACUCAAUACACCACCUACUACACCAGAGUCCCCCUUAGGUGGAGGCAGUACAGCAGAAGACUCUGGCCAGCCUCAGCCUUCCUCCCCGCCACCGUCCAUACCCCCCGCCUUGCCUUCAGAGCCGGCUUCUGCCGCCCUUCCACCAGGACCCAUACAGGAGGAAGUGACAGGUGGGCGCAGUGAGACAGACAGCAGCACGGUGGAGGUGGAGAGUCUGGGUGGGGAGCUGCAGGACCUACCUCAGGAGGAAGGGGCGGGUUCCCCCUCAAAGGUGUUCGACGCGACUCUCUCCUGCAACAGCAGCAGCAACUGCAGCCUAGAGCUGAGCAGCAGCAGCCAGCAGGAAAGUGAGCAGAAGUCCAAAGCAUCUGUGAGUCAGAAGCGGCAGAAGGAAUCACAGACAGGUGGAGCCUCAAAGAAACACAAGCCAAACCGCAAGAGCCUAGGUGUGCCUCCCAAAAAGAAUAGGAAAACAGCCAACAGCAGUGACAGUGAGGACCAGUCUGUUGUUGAGGGCACUGCCAAAUCAACCCCCUCUAAGAACAACGCAUCUGACGUGAAAGCUGCCAGCUCGCCCAAGUGUCGCGGACGAUCUCCCCCUUCGAGCCAUAAAUACCACAAGCAGGGUGACGGCGACCACGCACAGCACAGAGAAAACCAUGGAAGAUCACCACGUGUCUAUAAGUGGAGCUUCCAGAUGUCUGACCUGGAGAAGAUGAGCAGUCUGGAGAGGAUCUCUUUUCUUCAGGAGAAGCUGCAGGACAUCAGGAACCACUACCUCUCCCUCAAGUCUGAGGUGGCCUCUAUUGACAGACGACGGAAACGCAUGAAGAAGAAAGAACGAGAAAGCACGGUGGCUGCUUCUUCCUCCUCGUCGUCCUCCUCCUCACCGUCCUCAAGCUCACUGACAGCAGCAGUCAUGCUGACAUUGGCUGACCCGCCUGUGUCAUCCUCAUCCUCCUCUUCACAGAACUCUGGGGUAUCAGUGGAGUGCAGGUGACAGGACAUACCAGCGAGGAAGCACCGCACUAAGCACUUAACCAGCACCCUGGGGUCGCCAGCCCCAUUCCCUUUCAACAGGACGGAAAAGUCAACCUUCAUACUGUAACUACUGGGGCACAAAAACCAGACCAGAGACAAAAAUACAACAAGAAACAAGCACUAUUUUCUAUUGACAACUGUUUCCUUGGCAAGCUAAUGGCACUUAAGUGCACUUUUAUGAAGAUUGUGUACGGGGAUGAAAUUUGUCCAAAAAAAAUAAGGAAAAAAAUACAAAAUUGUCUUAUGCGCUCUCCUUAAUUGAACAUUUAUAAGAAUUGUUUUUGCAAGCAAUAAUUGUUUCCAUUUGAUAAAAUUGUAUCGGUAAGGGAUGAUUUCCAGCGAAGACCCCUCUCUGCUCUGUCCUCGUAACUCAACAUGGUGCAGCCUGUGCUGGCCAUUUUUUUAUGGGGAACUCAGAGGAACACUGCCACAUUGGCAUUAAGGGCGUACUAAAUGUAUAACUCUGCCACGUUCUCUGUCCACUAUCAUUAAAAAGGCCUUUGUGUGGCUCAACCUCAUGUGGUUUUCAAGGCUCCCUGCACAUAUUUGCAUUGAGUCAUGUACAGACGGGUGACAAAUUAAAGGAAAAAACCUGAAUAAAUGAGUGGAGAAACCUAACGAGUGCAGAUGCUCCCACACAGGUGCACUGGAUGGUACAAUUAAGCAAUUAAACAAUUAACAACAUUAACAAUGGUGCUCUGUGGCAUGUCUAAAAACGCUGAACAGGGCCAAUUCAUUCUGAUUUUGUGAGGAUGUGAUCAGACUGUCAAAAACAGUCCAACAUUUAGAUAGAGAGGGAUGUUAUAGUAGGGUUGGAGGGCACACAUCGCUCAUAACAAAGACACUGGUCUACAGAUGUGGAAAAAAACUGGUCAGUUGAGUCAGCGUUUUCCACCACCAGCACCAGAAUGGUGUUCAGAGGCUAGUAGGAGACUUCAUGUUUGUUUUUCCUCUUAAUUUGUCACCUGUCCUAGGUGGAGAUGGAUAGGGUUUCAGACCAUCAUAGCUCCACUGUCAAACACAGUGGAUAGAUAUGGAAUGAUACUGUAGUGCCUUUUUGUUCUUUUCCAUGGGGCACUUUGAGAAAGGACAGCAAUUUUUUUCCUGAUCCUCUUCUCAAAUCAGAGGGUCGCCUGGAAUAAUGUGUCCCUUACAAAAGACUGAAGAAUGCUAUACGAAUGAGCAGGCAGUGAAGGGCUGUGUAUGACAGAUAAUGAUAGUUUUUAUCAGCAAAUGGUAAUAUUUAAGGAUUGUAAAUGAUAAAGCAGAACUCCUAUACUGGAUCACCUGUAAUCUACUACUGAAUAAUCAUCAAGCUUGGAUAUACUGUUAAGUUUGGUAGUAUAAAAUGUGCAAUGAUGGUGAAUGCAAUGGUCACAUUACUUCAGUUCAUCAGCCUUUUAAAAGCCCAUCUGCUUUUUUUUCUUUCUUUUUUCUCCAUUGCUCAUGAACCCCUCCCCCUCCCCCCGGUCCUAUCGUCUUCACUGAAAAUUUGAAGACGCACAUCUGAAACUGGAUUAAGUUCACUUGAAAGCAGCCAUAGGAGGUAUUUGCAGCACGUACUCUACUGCAUAACUUAAGAAUGAAGCUGAAUCCCACAUUUGCAGUGUUUCAAACAACAUGAAGUUAUUUAAUUAAGUACACUUUGCUUUCAUUGAGUAAAGCUUACUUGUUUGGCAUCCUUCUCAUUUUACAUACGAUCAAUAAUGACAUGCCAGCUUUCUCAUCUUCUGUUUUAAACAGUCUUCCUCUCAUUCUCAUCCUUACCAAAAAAUGUUUGGUUCUGUCUCAUGUACUAUGGCCAGAAUAAAGGUAAAGAUAUUGUAAAUGUGCAUUUAUAUCAUAAAGUGACGUAUGUGUAUACAUUUCUGAAGACAUCUCCAGUGUUUCCUUUGUAUAGACCCCCUACUGUAUGAUAACCUGAAGUUAUGUUUUUGUUUGGCACUUGUAUGUAAUUGUAUGCUUUGGUUAUACAUUUGUAUAUUGAGAAGUGUUUUGAGUCAAGCUAUUUAAUAUCUUGCACUGUUAAUAACAUGUACUUUUCUGUACAGACAGUUUUACGGUUUUAACUGUAGUUUGAGUGUAAAUACUGAGGGUUACAGCAUGUUUGUUCUCCCGCCUUUGUCCUCAUUCUUGUUCUCUUGUAGGAACAGAGUUACUUGGGUUCAUUUAUGUUCUGUUCUGCCUCUUUCAUAAGUUUCACUAGUUAAUUUGUCCCUUUCUCUUUUUUUAAUUUCAUGUUUUGCUUUAGUUUGUAUUCUGUUUUGUUUUCUAUAGCUUGUGCUUUUAAGAGAAGAAUGGUGGUUUUGGAUGCGGCUGAACUAUUUUCCAACUUGUACAUGGCCUGAAACUAAAGCUGUGUGAACCUGUAUAUGGAAAAUGGUCUGGAUUAUAGAUUAACAGAAAGUAAUGGAGCUUAUUGAAAAAUGCUCAAUAGUAUUUAUUAGGCUCAUCUGAUGAUGGUCAUUGUGUAAUUUAUUGUAAAAAUGUAAGCAAAGCAGAAGCCUCUGUUUGAAAUAAAUGCCAUAGUUUGUGAAGUAA